AUGGAGUUUAACUCGGGUGGCAGCGGAGGUGCACGAAGCGGUGGGAAUGACGUGCAGCUGUUGUCUAAGAUGUUACAGGUGGAGCAUAAAUUGUUUUACUUUGAUCUCAAGGAGAAUCUACGCGGUCGUUACAUGAACAUUUCGGAGAAGACAUCGGCAUCAAGGCCUUCAUCAAAUUAUAAUAAUAGGAUGCAACAAGCAAUUGGACCUCAAAAAGUUGGUCCUAGCAUGGAAUGGAAAGUGAAACCAAUUGCUCACAGUCAAAGGUCAAUUAAGGAGGAUGAACUUGAGAAGAAGUUGAAGGAGUCCCACAUUUCAGAUGAUAAACAUGUCAUUAUCCCAAAUCACCUUCAUGUUCCUGAAGCCGAAAAACUCGGCUUCUGUUUUGGGAGUUUUGAUGCCACUUUUAGUUUUAAUAAAACCCCCUCAAACUCAUAUGGUCUUGUGGCUAUGACCGUGAGUGAACAGACGUCUGAAGCAUCUGAGGAGGCUGAUGAAACUAUAGAGGAUCAAAUGCAAUCCAGAAAUGAAAAUGCUGAUGGAGAGGAGGAUCAUCUUGAACGCCCUACCACAUCUUCUUAUGUACCCAAGAAUUUACCAACGGAAGCUACUAUCCAUCAGUUUUUAAGAAACGAGACAUUCCCACAACAACCACAACAAGGCGCCGGAGGCAUGUAUCCAGCACCACCACCACCAGUGACUGCCGCCUCUAAUUCUAAAUACCCGCUUCCACAGUAUAAGCCAGGAAGCAAUACAUGGAGUAUUGGAAUGGCGGGAAGCUAUGGACCAUAUGCUUCAGCAGCCUCUGCUGGUUAUAACUCUGCUUCGGCUGCUGCCAGUUCCAUGGAAUCUUUUAGGUCAUAA